AUGACGCCCAACCUUAAUAAUUCCCAGACAGUGUUCUCAUUUCCUGAGCCUAACUUAGAGGGAUUAUCAAUUAGCGCAAAGACAUAUGGCUAUGGACCCAGUGUGGAAUUAGCUGCCACCGCGAAUUCCCAUGUCAACAGAGUUAAGAACCGAGCUGAGGAAGCCUCUAAUUCAUGGGGGUCAAGCUCUCCACAGAGCCCUCUGAUGGGAGGUAUUGUUGAUAGAUCCCAGUGUGCAACUAUUCACGAUGCCUUAACAGGAUCCGCGGACGAACUUCACGGGGACAUAAAUACCAAUAUGGCAGCCCCUUCCUCUUCUCCGGUCCACUUCGACGAGGCAAUACGGCCAGCCAACGACGUCAAAAUCGCAGAAAACAGAGGAAUGCUUAACAAGGACCACUGUGUCAUAAUUCAGGGCCUCGCAGAGUCCUCCGCCAGUUCCCCCAGGGAACGAAUCGCUGCUGACUUAGAGCAAUUCCAGAAACUCCUCAAUGAAAUGCUGCAACCAACAGAAGAUGUCACAGUCCUAAAGGCGUUUCGUCUUGGUAGCCGUACAAAUGCCGCUCCGAAGACGCGACCACGACCCCUAAAAAUCGUCCUUGGUAGCAAUGAGCAGGCGAAACUAAUACUUUUCAGGCGUUUUCGAUUGAAGCAUUCCCAUAAAGGAGUGUUUUUUCAGCCGGACUACUCACCUGCCGAGAGAAUGAAACGCCGCGAACUUGUCCUAGAAUUGAGAACACGGCAAACCAACGGAGAAAAAAACUUGACAAUCUACAAAGACCGGAUUGUCAAACGACAUUCCGCUCCCCUCUGGAUCAAGCCGAUCCGAAUGACUGCACAGCUACCCCAGUAG